ACCCAUCUGUGUGCUUCUGUGAUUCUGGGAAGUGAGCAAAGUCCAGUUCCAGACAGACACCAUCCCCACGGCCCUCCCUGGAGACUCCCCUGGGUGCUGAAGGUGUGUUGUUUGCCUCCUCAGGCUGUCCGGGGAACCAUGGGGCUGAGUCAUGUCUGCCCACCUCGUCUGCUCUUUGCAUCCCUGGGCACUGAGGUCUGAAACUUGACCCUGCCAAGGACCAGCCCUACCCGCUUAGAGGAGGAAAUGGCUGAGCAGCCCAGGCAACAGCAGCUGAAAACUUCCUUCCUCUUCAUCCAGCUGCAGGCCCCCCCUGCCCGAGCUCUCUCCGCCCAGUCUCCCGCAGCUGCAGCCUCCAGGGCGGCCCCAGGGGGUCUGGAGGAGGGACUCGUUUCCCCAAGUCCCAAGACAGACUUCUUGGCAGGCUGGGACCUCAGGCGCACACAGGGCUUAGCUGCUCCCUCUUCGAGCCUGCUGCAUGAAGACGGCCCUGGGAAAGAGGAGCCAGCGGCUUUCAGUUGCUUUUCACCGAAGAAGAAGGAGGGAGAGGGAGAAUCUCGGCGCCAGCAGGAGCACAGGGAUGUAAAAAGGUGUGGUGUCUGCGGAUCCCCACACUGUGGGCGUUGCCUGGCCCCUGUGUCUAGGAAACUUGGACUGUCAUGCGGGCUCCCUAACCCAGCUCCUGUCAUGAGCCAUGGAAGCAGCACACCCUCCGUGGACUGGAAGCGCUGGCCAGUUCUUUCCGGCCCCCAGGACCUGUGGGGCAUGGACCCCCUGUCCAGGAAUGCCAUGGGAUGCCCACCUCCACAAGCCACCCCGGGCCCUGUAGCUGACAGGGGCCAAAGGGCCAUGCUGAGAGGAGGUGCCCAGACCUUUCAGAGACUCCCAGAAAGCUAUGGAGAGGAACCAGGUACGAUAGUACGUGCGACAAGGGUACAGCUCUGCAGAUACUGCCCGGCCAUUCAGACCAGCAGGAGCUACCCGGCCCCGCCAGCCACUCUGCCGCUCCAGGCAGAGACAUUUGUUUGGGUUAACAAUGCAUCAGCACAUUCCCAGAGUGUUGCCAAGGCCAAAUAUGAAUUUUUAUUUGGCAAAUCUGAGGAGAAAACUCCAGAUACUAUACAGAGCUUUCACAGCAUGCUGGAGGCCCACGGUGGGAAUGGUGGGAACCAGACAAAGGGGCAGAGCCAAGUAAAAUAUCUUCCAGGAAAAAGGAGCCCGAGGGGAAAGCUUGGAGGCUUGGAGGCUGGAGGGAGUCUGACAGGUGAUCAUGGAGGAAGCACUUUACUGCCACCGAAUGUCACAAAUGAAUUUCCAGAAUAUGGGACCAUGGAGGAAGGUGGAGAAGGUCUAAGGGCUUCUCUGGAGUUCCAUGCAGAGUCUCUGCCAUGCUGCCCACCCGCGGAGCAGGGACUCCACCUUGCCGGCCAAGACUCUGGGCUCCACAGUGUUACAGAAGGACCAAAAAAUAUCCAAGAGGCCCCCUCUCAAAGUCACCUCAAGGAACAAAGUUUACAACCCAUUGACUCUUUGAUUUCAGCUCUGAAAGCCACAGAAGCCAGAAUAGCUUCAGGAACAUUACAGGCUACGAAGGUACUGGACAAAGAUGCUGUUUCUGGUUUUUCAGUUCAGCAGGUGGAGAAAAAGCCUGACACAGCCCGUUGUAAAACACCGAGAGGCAUUGAACCAUUCCCUGCCAGCCAAGAAAAAGCACCAGCUAUACCUCUUGCAGCUGAAGAAAAGACUGAGGAAAAAUUUUACUUGAGCAUCCAGGAGGAUCUGACUGCACUGUUAACUGGAGAAACUCAAGCAGAGCGUACCGAGGCAGCUACUAAUGGGAGAGAGGGGUCUGUCCAUGUGCAGGAGCCGGCCUGUCCUGGAUCCUUCUUUCAGAGCUCAGAUGUGAUGUCCAUUUCUGCAGCCAGUGUGGGUUUUUUGGAAGAGCAGAGAUCGGAUCUUGGGAGACAGCGCUCGGCGGGGUAUGAUCGAGGCAGUUCCCUGGGACGCACUGGCCGGGUCAAACAUGUGGAAUUUCAAGGGGUAGAGAUAUUGUGGACAGGACGAGAGAAGAGAAAGACCCAGCAUUCUAGGGUAGACUGGGUGGCACCAUCGGAAAGGACAGCCUUUCCCGAAGGUGGAGAGUUUACCGGGUCGCCAGGCCAUCACGUCUCAGCGGGUGCCUGGAGUAAUUCAGUGAGUUUAACUGAGAGUGUUCAAGAUGACACUUGGAAUGCUUCUUCAGGGAGGCCUGGCACUAGCUCCGGGACGGUUUCCCCCGUGCCUCUUGCUGAGAGUGGAGAGGAUGAAGUCUUCCUGAAAGAAAACCAACAUCUUGAGAAGAAACCCGAGAGAGACAAUGAAAGGAUUCUGGAGGAAGAAGACCACCUUCGGGAAGGAGAUGAUGAUAUUCUUGGGACCGGAUAUACAGAAGACUCCACUGAUGUGUACAGCUCCCAGUUUGAGACCAUUUUGGACAACACUUCUUUAUACUACAGUGCAGAGUCAUUGGAGACAUUAUACUCAGAGCCUGAUAGCUACUUUAGCUUUGAAAUGCCCCUUACUCCAAUGAUACAGCAGCGCAUCAAAGAAGGUGGCCAGUUCUUGGAGAGGACUUCAGUGAGAGAACAUCAGGACAUCCUGAGUGUCUCAUCGGAUGGAGGCAUAGUGAUGGGCUACUCUAGGGGGAUGGCCAACGGGCUGAAUGAUACCACCGACUCCAUCUACUCAAAAGGCUCUCCGGAGAUUGCUUUCUGGGGAAGCAAUGCUGGGGUGAAAAAAACACAGCUAGAGGAUUGUUCUGAAAUGGGGAGUACUCAAAUUCUGGAAAAAGAGACUGCAGAAAGUCUCAGUAACGGUACCAGCAGCAACGUGGAAGCAGCUAAAAGACUGGCCAAACGCCUUUAUCAACUGGACAGAUUCAGAAGAUCGGAUGUCGCCAAACACCUGGGCAAGAACAAUGAAUUUAGCAGACUAGUUGCAGAGGAGUAUUUGAAGUUUUUUGAUUUUACAGGAAUGACACUAGAUCAGUCUCUCAGGUAUUUCUUUAAAUCAUUUGCUCUUGUGGGAGAAACUCAAGAACGAGAGAGAGUUUUAAUACAUUUCUCCAAUAGAUAUUUUUAUUGUAACCCAGAUACCAUUGCUUCACAAGAUGGAGUCCAUUGCCUGACCUGUGCAAUGAUGCUUCUGAACACUGAUCUACAUGGCCAUAAUAUUGGAAAGAAGAUGACCUGCCAAGAGUUCAUUGCAAAUCUCCAAGGGGUAAAUGAGGGUGUUGAUUUCUCUAAGGAUCUGCUAAAAGCUCUGUAUAACUCCAUCAAGAAUGAGAAGCUUGAAUGGGCAGUAGACGAUGAAGAGAAAAAGAAAUCUCCCUCAGAAGGUACUGAUGAGAAGGCUAAUGGAACACACCCAAAGACCAUCAGCCGCAUCGGGAGCACGACUAACCCGUUCUUGGACAUUCCUCAUGACCCAAAUGCUGCUGUGUACAAAAGCGGGUUCUUGGCUCGGAAAAUCCAUGCAGAUAUGGAUGGAAAGAAGACUCCAAGAGGAAAACGAGGAUGGAAAACCUUUUAUGCUGUCCUGAAGGGAACAGUUCUUUACUUGCAAAAGGACGAAUAUAAACCAGAAAAGGCCCUGUCGGAGGAGGACUUGAAAAAUGCUGUGAGUGUGCACCAUGCCCUGGCGUCCAAGGCCACAGACUACGAAAAGAAGCCGAAUGUGUUUAAACUCAAAACUGCUGACUGGAGGGUCUUGCUUUUUCAAACCCAGAGUCCAGAGGAAAUGCAAGGGUGGAUAAACAAAAUUAACUGUGUCGCAGCCGUAUUUUCUGCCCCACCAUUUCCAGCAGCCAUUGGCUCUCAGAAGAAGUUUAGCCGCCCACUUCUGCCUGCCACUACCACAAAAUUAUCUCAGGAGGAACAGCUGAAAUCUCAUGAAAGCAAGCUGAAGCAGAUUACCACUGAACUGGCAGAGCACCGCUCCUAUCCCCCAGACAAGAAAGUUAAAGCCAAGGAUGUAGAUGAAUACAAGCUCAAAGAUCACUAUCUGGAGUUUGAGAAAACCCGUUAUGAAAAUUAUGUCAGCAUUCUGAAAGAAGGAGGCAAGCAGCUCCUGAGUCAUGAUGAAAAUGAGGCUGCCGGUCUGAAGAAAUCACACUCUAGUCCUUCGCUGAACCCAGAUUCCUCUCCGAUCACCGCCAAGGUCAAGCGUAAUGUGUCAGAGAGGAAGGACCACCGACCGGAAACACCGAGCAUUAAGCAAAAAGUUACUUAGAAUCCAUCUGAGGCCAGGAAGUGCUGGUCAUGGAGCAAAAUAGGGGUUUUCAAGAUCUUUCUGGUAAUCCGUGAAUAUAUUUAAAAAAAAAGUCUGUGACUAAACGGUGCAUUAGUAACUUUUUAUAUUGUAUAUUUUUGUUAGUUUCUGUACAGAUUGUCUUUGCUCUUGAUUUCUUUGCUUUGAUGAUUUUUUGCAAUUUGAUAACUAAUGCACCUUUUUGUGAGGAGUUAGAGGAUCAUGAUUUCAGGAUGAAUUCUGCAUCCCUUCUCCUUUGGUUUUCUCUUAUUUGCACUCUACUCAGUUGUUUUAUGUAUUCUCAAAUCAACCGUUAUUCUUUUUUUAAGGUUAAAUAAUUUAAUCCAUUAUGAAACACUUAACUGGACAAACUUUGUAGUUUAGUAAAUUCUAGCCAGAGUUAACAUAAACCUUUAUAUGUGAAAUCUUGCCCAGUCAUGGAGGUGAAGUUGAAUACUCACACAUACUUAAGUGAGAAUUACAAUGCUGGGAAUCAAGAUGUUCCAACGUGAUGUAGCCCUGCGUGAAGCUGAGCACUUAGUGUUGAGUUCUGACCCUUCUGGAAGCAGGGAGAGGGGAUGUGAGGACCCAGGUCUGGAGAACUUGGGGAAGAAUAGGAGCUUGCUUGAAGUGUGGAUACUAUUCCAACCAAGCAAGGGGAAGAGGAAGUAGAGUGAUUUUGCCAUUGAAGGCUGAGGACAGAUGGGUACCAAGUUAAUUUGGUUUUCUGAAGGACAGUGGCAAUAAUCGGCUCUUGGGGUAGCUACAGCAAUAGACAUGUGUUUAGUCUGCAGGAAAUUGUUACUUCACUCCCACGGGGUCUAGACUAGGAAUCCAGAAUCAUCUCUAUCGUUGACACACUUCCACCCAGGAAUAGAUUCUUUUUUAUGCUACGUAUAUGUAUAUAUAGGCAUGAGGUCAUCUCCUGGUUGUUAGGAUAUUGGGGUCUUCCUAACAAAAUGUGGAAAAUGGAGCUCCUUUUGUUCUUUACUUAAGCCAAGACAAUACAAGGGAGCAAAAAUCAGCUGCAGUUCUUCAGCAGUGGAUAUUGAUUCUUAAGGCUAAGUCUGAAAGUAAUAGUUUGAAUGGGUUGUGGUUGAAAAUGGAAGAAUCUGCUGGUUGCAUAUGCAGAAUUUCUUAGUUUAUUUUUAUCUCAGUCUCUUUGAUAGCCACUUCACUCUGUCACUGUUAAACUUGCUCCUAAAAAUUCUUUGUCUAUUUUAAAUCAUUUGUAUGUACUCAAAAUAGUUCUAUCCACCAUACAGUCACAAGCUGUAUCUGUGACAGUCCCUUUGAAAUUCAGGCUGAUAAACAGAAUAAUCUUUUCUAGAGGAGGAAAAAGGAGUGAAGGUUCAGUGCCCUGUGACUUAGAAGGUUCAGAUUUCUAAACCUUGAAACUGAAUUCCCUAAAGCUAUCAUCUUCCCAAACAACACAACUUCAGAACUAAUGGAAUUAUUCUGAAUAUUCUUUUUCCUCCCGUAGACAUUUCCUCUACUUCUGCUUUGUUUUUUAGUUGAAGGUACUAUGACCAAAGAAUCAGCUGCUCUGCAUGAAUAGCAUGGUCCAAGUGGAUUAAAGAAAACCUGCUAUAAAACCAUGGUAUUUCUAGUGAUAUAUUGUUAGGAUGUACUCACAUUUAGUUACAUGAUUAUUGAUUAAUGUUUACUUCCCCUAUUCAAGUGUCCAUAUUUGUUGGUGUACAGAAAAGAGUAACCCCUCUGUAUGGUUGUAGUUACUUGCUUCAUGAUAUUUUACUACACCUUUGAAAAACUUACUCUGUCCUCUAUUGUGUAGGUAAAGGCAAUGUCUGAAUUUAUGUUUCAGAACUAUGAAACACAUUAGUCACCAACAUAGCCCAUAUACCUGAGUCAUUUUGGUAGCUUCUUAUCAAAUCUAAGGUUUCCAUAAGCAAGUUGUCUUUCUUCCUGAAAUCAGAGUUAUCAGUGUUUGUUUUCUGCCUAAAUAUUUAUCCUAGUUGAGGAGAAAGAGAGGUACUUAGACCACAUGACCUAUGAGCUUCAGUAACUGAAGAAAAGUUGACAUCCCUGACUAGCUUGAAUGUGUUUACCCACAGUGUGUAUCUAUGUAUAUAGAAUGUUUAUGUAUAUUUUUCUUAGCGUGUAUAAUGCAUAUUGAAUGGUACCUUGCUGCAGUAUUUCUGAUGUUUAGAGUAGUCUUAAAAUACUCAGUUAGCAUCAGCACCACCAUAGCACUGGUCCUGUUAUGGGACUUAUUAACAUUAACUUCAGAGACUCUCAGACAUGCUAAUGGAUAGUCAGAUGACAAGAUGACAAGGGCACUUUUGAAGCAGCAGUUAACAACAACUUUAAGGUUCUUUUGUGGGCCAGGAUCCCAGACUGCCAGUCGCUGGUCAUGUGAUACUGUCCAUCUACAGGAGAUGGGCUGAAAACACCUCUGGGAGAAAGAUGUCUGCUGUCAGUGUGUGUUGCAGGCCAAGACUUAUCCUAGGGCAGGAAAUAGUCUCUGAUUCAACUGGCUUCUGAGGGUCUGGUCCAUAGACAGCCACUUUUUCUGUUGUGAUCAUUUCUUCUCAAUGGUAUAUAGUCGAAAGAAAUGGAAGGUGUUUCCUUUCGGAGGUAUGUUUAACCUUGUACAAUUCACGGUACUGAGGAGUUGUCCUCCUCCUGCCUUUCUGAAGGUACUCCUCCACACCCCUUUCCACCUCACUCCUCAUCCCUGCCUCGUAGCCCAGGGACCUUGGGAUUUCUCUCCAUGUGGAAAACCAUCAUUCUUUUUCAUACAUAUACUUUCAAUAUUAAUUUUUAGUGUAGGAAAUCUUGAUAACUCAUCAAAAUACCUUGUUACAAAUUGACCAAAGAAGUGGCCCAUGUAUAAAAUCCUUGUGUAUUUUGGGGUUUGCCACCACUUCACAUACUGGCUUUUGCAUGGAGGUAUCAUGUACUUGUCAUCAAUCAAACUGAGUUACUAGCAUAUAGAGUCUUUCCAGACCAUAGACAUUUCUGAAAUACAGAUUUCUUUAACCAGUUACUUAAGUCUUAGCAUUGUCUAAUUAAACCAAGCAAUAUUUUUGUGCAUUUUAAAUUAAUCUCAGUAAAAUCAACAGGUGGGUGAGUCCUCUGGUUGCAGUCAUUCCUAGAGGAUAUGGAACUUCUUCUAUUGCUCUUGGGUAAAGCGAGCUUUCUCACACGGCAGUCUUGUGCUGUCUGCAAGACCCUAGAUGCUUCUCCCACUGGCAUCCUAAUCCAGGAGGUGAGGACUGUUUCCUAUGUAGAAAUGAUACUAGGAAAUUAAUUCUGGAAGAGGAAAUUCUGGCUGACUUUUCAAAGACCAGCUAGGUUUGUAUUUUACCAUGUGGCCAGACCACUGAACUUCUAAAGUUGGGGGAGAAUUGCAUAACUAACAGAGAAAGAGGACUUUUGCUGCGUAAGUACUAAGUUACACAGAGUUUUUGGCUGUCUUUGCCCACUCCCCACAAAGGCCCAAGAAGUUGUUCUUAGAUAAAGCACAGCCCUGCUUUGCCCUGAACUGUGCCUCUUUUCUGCCCUUUUCCCCCUAAUCAUUGACAAUGGGAAGAAAACUUUCUAGAAAUCAGCUUCUCCCUUGUCUUCUUGCCAAGACCUUUUUCAGUUCAGUUGAUUAUCCUUAGAAAUUGAAUUCUUUGGCAUUUUUCCUUGUAAUAUCACUUAUUUCACUCAGCCUCAGUUCACAGUAAGUUUCUUAUGUAUGCAGGUCCAAAUCUCUAGUUUUAGUUCUUAUGGACUCAGCAUAAGUUUUUAGCAGGUCCAUAGCCACUUUCCUCAAUUUUAGCAGAGAAUGAUCCCUUUACUUUUUUAAACAAUGGAAUUUUGUUUUCAGUUGUAAAACUAGCACUGUAAACCAAAAAACCAAUGUGGCAUCCUAACACUUGUUUUUAAAAAUAGAGUCCACUUUAUGAAUGAUAGUGCAACUUUGAACUUAAUAGUAUCCGCCUAAAUAGAUUAGUGAGUUUUGUGAGCAAAUGAGCCUCUGGGCCUACCUUUCUCCAAAGCUUUCUACCCUUUUAAUCCAGGCCAGGCCACUGGUCUCUUUCAAGGUCAGCAGAUCUCUCCCUCCACCAGUCUUUUAACAUCUUACACCAUCAAAUCAUCCAAAGAUUGUAGAGAUAACCACAGUGUAAUCCUGUGAUCAGUUAUUGGUAGAGAUACAGAGGUACUUUGUCACUGCUUUUCUUUUUGGAUUCCUUUUCCGUCUCUUCCUCUUAAAAGAAGAACUGAAGUCCAAGGUCACCCUCCUUUUAUACCUACAGUAUCCAACCCAAGCCAGGCAACCUUCUGCUUAGGACAGUAAUUGGGCCAUUGCAUGCAGAGAGAAUGUCUUCAGAGAAUGUCAGUAAAUACUUGAAUCUUCAUGACAGUUUGUUGACUUGAAUGCAACAGCAAGAAAUAUGGCAAGUUAAUUGUAUAUACAAUAGGUUUCCUUAGGUCUCUUGGCUCAUCCUUUGUAAUUUAUGUGUGUAUCUGUUGUAUUGUAGGCUUUUGGAAAUAUUCGUAGACAGUAACGUCGGAUGUGAAAGAUAGCGCUUUCUGUUGCGUGCCAAUUUUGUAUUCGUGGGUAUUUAUAGUUGUAUGUAUGUAUAUGCAUCAAUGUGUAGAUUGUGUAUCAGUAUAUGGUAUAUGUACAUCAAAGUUAUUUUGUCUUUAAUAACCAGUGUGAUAGGAAAAGCAAGUAAAAACCUCCUAGGACUGAUUAUAUAAUGCAGUUGUUGCAAAUACAUAUAGUGGUAUUGUUUUAUUUGACUUAAAUUCAAAUGAUAUUUUGAUUAACUUUUAAUAAAAUUUUGUGCUAGGAAAUUCCAUCUGUGAGGUGUGAAUCUCCAGGGCAAAGGUGACUUUGAACUAAAUCAUGUGAAUCUGUUGAAGUGUACAGUCUGCAAUACUGAGGGGUUAGCUCAUUAUAAUUUUGGAAAUACAGAAAGGAAAUGGGGGAAAAAAGGCAACCUGUGCCAUUUUAGUAACUUUAAUAUUAAGAGCACUUAAACAUAAAGUUGAACUGACAGUUGUGGGCUUAUUACAAAAUGUGAUGCUCACAGCGCACAUUCUUUAUUGUUGUAAUUAGUCCAGAAUAUAUAGCUUUCAGAAGCAUUAAGUAAGUUGCCACCAUAUAAUUUAUGUACCUAUGUAUAUUUUACAGUGGCUCAAACCACUCUCCUGGUGCCACAUCCUUACCCUCUUGAAAGAAAUAUCACAAAUGCUAAAGUAUAUCAGGGCAUCCCAAGAUUGGGUACUGUAUUCCAGGUGUGCAGUUGCACAAAUUAGCAACUGGGUCACAGGUAAAAGGACUCUAGGAACCAGGUUAAAACUUUAUUUAAUAUUUUUAUACUUAGGUCUCUUUUUCCUGCCUCUUCCCAAAGAAGAGCCACUGGCCUUAGUUGUUUGACUUGAUUGCUUAUAUUAUAGAGUGUAAAUAGAUAACUAGAGACUAAAAUUUUAUUAACCAGCAUGUUUGGUGUAUUUAAAGCAGCGACUGAGUGUGUUUGAGUGUGUGGUUGAGUGCAGUGUCUUUUGUUCAAACACACUGCCUCAUGUCUUUGUAUCUGAUUCAGAGAAUUGGAAUUGUGGGGUAGGAGUCUAAUCUUCAACCCCAGUCUGCAGUAGUGUCUUGGUAGUUACACUUAGUUUUUUUAAUUAACUCUACAGUCUCAAACUAUUUUUGCAAAUAUAUAUAAUAUUUCCUAAUUUGUUCUUGACGUGCAGAGGACUGACUCUGUAGAUGAUCAGCAAGAUCUGCAAGAGUAUUUCUAGUUCUGCAAGAGUAUUUCCUUCUGAGAAUUAUUUGUGAUUUGCAAAAAAAGAAAAAGCCUUUUGAUUCAGAAAUCAUAUGGAAAAAGAGUAGUGAAAAUAAAAGUUUUAUUUUGGGCCUUAGUCAUUCGAAAUGUUUGGAUUUUAAUAAAAAGCCAUGAAGGCUGUAAAGCCAAAUAACCAUUUGACAUGGAUAUUAAUAUCUACUUUAGAAAGAGUGUGUGUGUAUAUAUAUAUAUAUAUAUAUAUAUGCACAUUGAUUUUUAAUGCCAUUAAAAUGCUUUUUUAAAGCUAUAGGAACAAGAGUAAUUAGACCAAAUUGAAGUGGAGGGGUUGAGUAGGCUGCCUACCACUUAAGCUAAGCAGUGAAUGUGUUCAGUCCUCUGCUCCUAAGAAAUUCAGAACCAGUUUACUGGCCCUUAAAGGUGUAGGGAGAAAGUUGAUGAGUCUGGGCCCUCUUCUGUAUACACUUGCUUGCACACAUGCACACAGUCAGUGUUUAAAGUUAUACAAAUGUAAGACCUUAAGACACAAAGGGCCGAAGUAUUAUAAAGAGAUGAUGAACAAAUGAGGAGAAUCUAUGUCACAGAUGUUUUCUAAGGACCGAGGAGAAAUUGGGGCUCUUUUGUCUGACUCUGAGAUGCAUUGCAUUGUUAAAAAGGAGCAGGGGUUACCUGUCACAUCCUUCCUGGUGGGCCACAACUUGAAGGUGUUCUUGUAGUUCACAAGCAGCAGCUCUCCAUCAUCUCCCAGUACCUCGGUAGCCUGGGGGAAGAUCCAGAAAACUGGCAUGCACCAUUUUCCAAGGUACCCAAGCCACUUGCUCUACAGGUCGUUCCUUUAAGAAAGGACCAGCAGUGGACAAGCACUUUUCCACAGAAGUGCACAUGACCUUCUGAGCUGUACUGAUGAGAGCUCACACUGAAGAAGGAUGCUGGGUAUUUGAGCACUUUUCCAUCAGCAAGGACAGUGAGGAGAGAACCUAGUGAAAAUAGCAAUUCCCUUUGCAGGGUAGAGAGCUAAGCGCUCACUAAUAGUGUUAUAAAAUAAGCACCUUAACUUCAAUUCCUGAAAAGAUUGGCUAAUGGAGAGAAUUUUGGAGAUUCACCUAAGAUUUUCCCUUGGUCUCCAAGUUCAACCACUCUUAGGAGUCUCAGCCACAAGGCUCAGUGAAGGACCAUGGUGCAGGUUUGAGGCUCACUGUUGUGAACCUGAAUAGCAGAGCACCACAGAGGGAGAUAAUGUCCCCUCUAUGGAGCUUCUCCCCUGGCCUUCCGCUCCACUUGGACUUCUACUGAGCAGCACAUCCUGGGUUUCAAAUGCUUUAGGAAUCCAGCUGUCCCAAUGGGUUGACCCGGCUGAAGGCAAGACACCAACUCUGAGAGUGACUGAGUCACUCAGGGUGGCACAUGAUAAAGGUAAUGAAAAAAUCCUCUGCCUGAAGCAAAGAUCACAGAUUUUGCCUUUGCAAGAAACAAACCAGUACCUUGAGCUCUAACCAGGGUUGGAUGAUAUCUUUGCCUUCACACCUAGAUUUCCAGAAAUGAACAUUGUUUCAUUUCUGUGGGAAGGGUCAAGAAUCAUUAACUUGCUCAGCCAUUCUGCUCUGGCCAGAUGAGAGCUGUUGGGUAAAGGCCUGCAUGCCUCCCUGCACCCUCUUCUACCUCAAGUUUCAGAAGCCCAUUUCUAGAACAGAAAUUUACACAAGUGGAGAACCCACAUUGUUAGCCUUGGUUACUCUGGGACAUGCAGAAGGGUGGUAAUUUGUAUCUUCUAAUAUAAAACAAGACUUACUUUUCCAACCUAUUAACUGGAUUGUAUUCACUGUGGCUCAAACCAGUUGACAGUGUGGAGCAUUCCUUUACCUCCAGAGUUUUCUCCUCCAAUCAUUUCAGUUCCAUUGCAGUCCUGGUGCCAUAUGUCCCCUGCAAAUUGUGAAAGUAAUUAGUGACAAACUAGCAGCCUACUCCUUUUUAGUGGCCAAACUGUCAGCAUCAGCAGACUUGGGUAAGCUAAGCUAGUGGUGCCGUAUUAUGUACUAGAAACCUGUUCCUCAUUAUCAUGUACCAGAUUUGAGAAAUGCCAUCUAGAAAAUCGUGGCAUUUAUGGUGGUCCUCUUUUGGAUGGAACAGUAAUUUAUGUGGAUAUUGUUAAAGUGUUUAAAGACUAUUUUGAAAAUUAAGUUUACAUUUUACAAUUGCUUUAUUUUUAUUAAAAUAGUGUAUAUAAAUAUUACCCUAUUUCACUGUUAUUAAAGUAAAACUAACCCUUGUAGACAAGUGAGUCACCUGACAUGUAUAGAAGCUGUGAUAUACAUAGUACAUUUCUCUAUUAUGUAAAUGUUAAAUGAAUAUAACUGUUCCUGUGUUUUUAUAAGUUGAGGGUAUUUUGUUGUUUCAUAACAACAAAAAUUAUCACAUUUAAAAUGGUUUUUAUGUAAUAGAAAUCAUGCAAAAUAGUGAAGGAUUUAAAAUAUGUAUAUGGUAUAUGUUAAAUGUACAAACUUUAGAAAGAAAUAAAUCCAACAAAUUUCAGUCAUUUGGGGGAAUGUUUUUCUUUGUUUAUUUAAGCAACUAGAACAAUAUCUUUAAAAAUAAAUAACCCAACACCCUAACCCCCCUCCAUGAAAAGGCAACCAGGAUACCCAAGGUGAAAGAUUUGGUCACUGUAACUGACUGAGGAGGUAAGGAAGUUAACUUGUGAACACUGAUUCACCUCCUGGACUUCCGUGAAGAUUUGUGUGUGCAAAAAAAAAAAAUGUUGGUAGGUACUAGUAGAAACUUCAGAGGCUUGUCCUGAUGGGGGAAGGAGGCUUUGAGCAGAGGAAGAACAAAUGAACUUUUUGAGGCAAUUUCAAGAAUCAUUUGCUUUCCCUUUGGAAACCAUGGAAUUAAUUAUUGUCCUGCAGUGCAAAUGCUGACCUCCAAAUCACUGCUUUCUUGUGGCUAGUGUGUACCUUUGUGUUCUCUUAAUGGAACCUAAUGUUAAAUUAAGAUCUGUUGACUUGGAAAAUGAAAAAUAAAAUUCCACCCAAAAUUCUGAA